AUGCCGUCCGUGAGUAUUAAAGCCAUAGAAUCGUUCAGCUCUGAAGAUCCGAAUUAUCCCGCCUCGAAUCUUGUGAAGCCCGGUAACAGGAAAUGGAAGUGUCGACAAGCGGGCGAACAGCAAGCGUUUGUGGUGUUACGCCUCGGGGAACCGACCCAAAUCAGCGGAAUCGAUAUAGGCAACGAGCAUGCGGCUUUGAUCGAGGUGUUGGUCGCACGCAGCGGUCCAAGUAAUCCACCAUACAGUGAAAUUUUACUUGCCACCAAAUUCAUGAAUGCGGUCGACAGCCGCAAUUCAACCGGUACGAACGGGGUGCAGUGUUUUAACUCCUCCGCCCUGAUACCUUCGGUGGCAAGCGAAAAGUGGGAUUUGGUGAAAUUCAUUUGUACCCAACCGUUCAAUUCCCGUGUCCGGUAUGGCCUUACGUUUGUUGCUCUGCACACCAGCAGCAGAACGGAGACAAAAGACAGAAAAAGUCUAGUGCCGGAAAAGUUUCAGCAGCAAAUUCAGGAAGAAGCGAUCCAACCAAAACCAUCUGUUGGGCUUAAUCUUGGACGGUUUAAGCUGCGCGAAGAAUCACCCGAUUCGGAUGAUGCAGGGUUUUCGAACAUAUUUUCACGGUGGAAGAAUAACAAUGCAGCACCAAGCUCAACGAGCGCGAGGUCACCAACCGUUAGUGCUUUGAUGCGCGAUUCAAACACACCGAAAGCACUGGAAAAGAAUAUUCCUACACCGGGAAGCGUACGAAGUGUUGCCAAACAGCGACCUAAACCUCAGAUGUUUCUCGACAGCGAUGACGAAGAGUCGGACAGCAAGGCAAACACCAGCGUGAAGGUAAACCGUAAUGAUGAAUCAGUGUUAUACGAUGCGGAAGAUGAGAAGCCGGCCAAGAAGCCUCAUGACAGUGCACGUAAUGAAGGUGGAAUUGCAAAACGGCAAUUUACUACAUCCAAACCGGAGGCAAAUAAUGUUGCUAAGGUGUCAUCAUCCAAAUUCAAAGAUUUCCUUAACUUUACCGGGUCGGAUCAACAACCAAAACGGAACGAUGAAAGGAAAAAUUCAAGUUCAACCCCGGUGGUAGCUAGAAAACCCAACCACAGCACUUCAUCACAUCUCGAUCAUAAGGACGCUCCGAAAAAAAUCAUCGACCAAGCCCGUCCUCCGUUGUCCAUCGAAAAGCAAACAGUUCCUUCUUCGAAGCGAUUGUCUUCGCCUACGAAAAGUCCCGGCAAUCAUCAUGAUAGUACGACACCUACGAUGAAAAAACCAAAGCUGACAAUUGUGGACGAUGAUAGUGAUCCAGAAGUCAGAAAACCCGUACGGUACAAACCGUUUGGAAAACUGCUUGAAAAUGUGGUCCUAGUCAUCAGUGGAAUUCAGAAUCCCGAUCGGGCAAACAUUCGCAGUCAGGCGCUGGCGAUGGGAGCAAAGUACAAGCCGGAUUGGGACUCUUCCUGUACGCACCUGAUCUGUGCGUACAAAAAUACACCGAAAUACAAUCAAGUCCAAGGAAAAGGCAAAAUUGUGAAGCAAGAUUGGAUCGAAAAGUGUUACACCAACCGGAAGCGACUUUCCUGGCGAAAAUUUGCUCUUGAUACGGCGGAAGCUAACGUGUCCGAUUCCGAGGGUGAGAUAGUAGAUAUAUUGAACAAACCGCCAGAUGUGGUGCAACCAGCGGAAAGUCGUAUUAUUCCAUCGUUGGUGGAAAAAGUCCAAGAAGAAGCGGUAAUGUUGCACGAAUUAAGCGACACGGACGAAGAACCUGGUGUGACAAUCGCUCGAAAGGUGUACGAUAAAAGCACGGAAGAUGAAGGCGAUCACAACGAGAACAAUGUGGCCGGUAGUUUGGAUUUUUUCAAGGGCAAAAAGUUUUACCUUCAUCAGGAAUUAGGAGCCGUGGAUAAGAUAAAGCUGGAAAAGUACAUUGAAACGUUCAGUGGAGCUGUUUCCAAUGAGAUGGCCGGUGUGGACUAUGUGAUUGCUCGCAGCAAACAUGUUUUACCAUUCGACUGUCGUGCGGAGUUGGUAAAGCCACUGUGGGUGUACGAGUGUAACGACAUGGAAUGUCUGAUACCGGUAAAUCGAUAUCGGAUUGUGUAG